AUGUCCAAUGUAGAAGGUGUUAUGUCUGUAAUAAGAGCUACACGACCGAAUUUUCGCAACGCUCAUGAUAAACUUGCGUUUGCAGUACACUCAAUGUUCUUGAAUUCUGGGUAUUUUCUAACUGCGACGGGAUCAAAAGCUUUUUGUGUUACUACUCUAACUUCUCCACCUUCAGAUGAUGAGGUUGGAAUUGAGGGUUGGAAUCAGACUGAAGCUUCCUACGGGUUCGUUUACUCGAAAAGUAGUAGUAAGGACGGUGUCAAGUUUAGAGUAUUAGUGAAGUUCUUGGUAAUGGGAGAUUUCUUGGUGGUUAAUUCAAUGAGUAGUAAAUACCCUAAUAAAGAACCUCUCAGUCUUCAAAUCAAUGUUAAUGAUUACAACCAAGGAGGAGAUGGUGAAAGGGCGACAAAUUUCGCUGACCAGUUUAAGAAUUUCGAUGAGCUUGUAAAGAAGUUGCAUACGGAGAUAUUGAGCAAGCUUGAAGAUACGCCAUACGAAACAACUGAGAGCAGCAGUUCCUCAUCCUCCUGCAGCAGUUCCUCAUCCUCCUGCACUCCAAGUUUUGUUAAGUGUCUUGAUGACGUGUUGAUUAGGGGACGGAAUAAUGCAAUCAGCUCGAGGCCAUCCAUCCCACAUCCUGAUGUAGGAAUUUUGAGCAAUUCGGAUUAUAUUAUAUAUAACCGUAAAAGCCGCUAA